CGCCCAAUCAAUGUUGAGGGAAAGAAGGGAUACCUCCAAGCCGUCUUUCAUUCCGUCCAGUCAGAUUUUUUAAAAUAUACAUAUCUUCAUUAUCGGAGCUGCUCCUGACUGCGCUGAACAAAGAUAAUUACUCAGGAAACGCUUCGGCCAAUCGGAUGCGGCCUUACAUCCCGCCUGUGAGAAAGGGGCCAGUCAGGGCCUGGCUACCAUCAGACAGGCCUGAUCGCCUUGCCUGAAGAACGGAGCCUUCCCCGGCUGAGAGUGUCCUCCAUGUUUUAUAAGUGUUGCCAUAACAGUGUGUCAGGCAGCCAUGCAUCCACAGAGUCUGGCUGAGGACGAGGUAAAGACGGAGUCGGAUGUGGUAGAGGGGAUGGAUGUGUCCAUGCGAUCCAAAGUGUCUGACCCCGGGUCAGCAGAGCGGGUGCUGGCAGCUCAGAAGAGGAAGGUGUCCAGCCCCACCCACUCCUCCAACGGCCACUACCCCUCAGACACCUCCCCCAGCCCCCUGAAGAAGAAGAAGAAACCUGGGGCGGUCCACAGCAACAACAAAGACCAGUCAGAACUAAGACAUGGUCCCUUUUACUAUGUGAAGCAGUCAUCACUCACCACAGACCCUGUUGAUGUUGUCCCGCAGGACAGCAGGAAUGACUUCUACUGCUGGCUGUGCCACCGUGAGGGCCAGGUGCUCUGCUGUGAGCUCUGCCCGAGGGUGUACCACGCCAAGUGCCUCAAACUGCCAGCAGAGCCCGAGGGCGACUGGUUCUGUCCAGAGUGUGAGAAAAUCACAGUAGCAGAGUGCAUAGAGACACAGAGCAAGGCCAUGACUAUGCUAACGAUAGAACAGCUGUCCUACCUGCUGAAGUUUGCCCUUCAGAAGAUGAAACAGCCGGGGACUGAGGCCUUCUGGAAGCCUGUGGCUCUGGAGCAGCACCCUGACUAUGCUGAGUACAUAUUCCACCCAAUGGACCUCGCAACACUAGAGAAGAAUAUGAAAAAGAAAAUGUAUGGCUGCACAGAAGCCUUCUUGGCUGACAUGAAAUGGAUCUUACACAACUGCAUCAUCUACAAUGGAGGAAAUCACAAACUAACAGCGACAGCAAAGGUUGUUGUGAAGAUCUGUGAACAUGAAGUUAAUGAAAUUGAGGUCUGUCCGGAGUGCUACCUGUCCUCGUGCCAAAAGAGGGACAACUGGUUUUGCGAGCCAUGUGGUCACCCACACCCCCUGGUGUGGGCAAAGCUGAAGGGCUUCCCCUUCUGGCCAGCCAAAGCACUGCGGGAGAAGGACGGACAGGUGGACGCACGCUUCUUCGGACAGCAUGACAGGGCGUGGGUUCCCAUUAACAAUUGCUACCUCAUUUCCAAGGAGAUUCCCUUCUCUGUGAAGAAGACCAAGAGCAUCUUCAACAGCGCCAUGCAGGAGAUGGAGGUCUAUGUGGAGAACAUCCGCAAGAAGUUUGGGGUGUUCAACUACGCCCCCUUCCGCACCCCCUACACGCCCAACAACCAGCUUCAGAUGUUGCUGGACCCGGCCAACCCCGACGCAGGGACCGUGAAGACGGAGAAACCUGACAAGAUGCGCUUCAACUUCGACAUGACCGCAUCUCCCAAGAUGCUCCUGGGCAAGAGCUCUCUGUCGAGCGGGAUGGGGCGGAGGAUCUCUCUGACGGACAUGCCUCGCUCUCCCAUGAGCACCAACUCGUCUGGACACACAGGGUCUGACGUGGAGCAGGAUGGGAUGGAGAGAGGGCCUAGAAACCCCCCAUUCCACUACAGCGCUGGGGAGGAGUCUAUGGACUAUACCGCGUCCCCUGCCUCAGUGAAGAUGGGCCAUGCAGGCAGCAUGACGGGCAGCCCCAAGCCCUUUUCCCCUGGUCUGGUGCCCAAACAGGAGAGGGCCCCGGGCACAGGCAGCAUCCUCAACCUCAACCUGGAUCGUGUGAAGGCUGAGAUGGACCUGAAGGAGCUCAGUGAGACAGUACAGCAUCAACAACAACAGGCGUCAUCACUCCUCCUCACCACCCCCAAGAGACCCAUCAGGAGCCUGGACAAGACCAUCGAGAGCUGCAAGGCCCAACUAGGCAUUGAUGAGAUCUCUGAGGACGUAUAUAAGGGUGUGGAACACAGUGACUCUGAGGAUUCCGAAAAGUCAGACUCCAGCGACAGCGAGUACCUUAGCGACGAGGAGCACAGACCGAAGAGCGCCGCCCAUGAUGACAAGGACAAAGCAGAGAGGGAGUCGAGGAAGAGGCCCAAGGCGAGCACACAGGGAGAGGACAAGGGGGCAGUCACAGGGACCAGGGAUAAAAAAAACUCUGAAGCCCUGCUCAAAGACAGACAGGGCAGCAAUGGUCCAGAGAGAGACUCCCAGGAGAAGCCCAUGAUGCCCCAGACUCAGUCCCCCACAGACAGGCCCAAGGCCCCAGAGGAGGGGAGGGCAGGCGCACCCCGGGCCCUUGCUGGCCCAGACCAGGACUCCGACUCAGAGAGGGAGCUGGUGAUUGACCUGGGUGAUGAGCAGGGGGGCAGAGACCGUAAGAGGGCCAGGAGGGAGCCAGGGGCUGUAGACGCUAAAGCCACGAAGGAGCCCCUUGGCACCAAGCUGGAAGGCAAAUUCCCCACCGCAGUGACCCCCUCUCUAGCCUCCGCCACCUCAUCCAACCCCAAAGACCCCAGUCAGCCCCUCAUCAACCCCACACUCAACCUGUCCUCCAGCACAGGCUCUGGCCAGCCCAACACGGCCUUCACCACCACCCCUGCAGCCCCGACCCCAGCCCCCACCCUCUCCUCCACAGCUGCCUCAGCCCAGUCGGCAGUGAAGAAACAGCGCCCCCUGCUGCCCAAAGAGACGGCUCAGGCAGUGCAGAGGGCAGUGGUGUGGAACCCUGCCAACAAGUUCCAGACGUCCUCACAGAAGUGGCCUGCACAGCAGGAGGAGCAGCCGGCUGGGCCAACCCAGACACAGGUUCCUGUUCCGGUCCAGGCUCCAACCCAGACGCAGGCACAGACACGCAGCCCACAACAGCUCCAGUCACAGCAGCAGUUGCAGGCAUCCUCCAGUACACGUUACCAGACCAGACAGGCAGCAAAAGCUGUGCAGCCUAAAGAUGGUCCCCAGACCUCCACCUCAUCAGUUACCUUGGUCACCUCUGGUUCCUCCUCCUCCUCUUCCUCGUCUUACCUGGCAGCAGACUUCCAGAUCCCCACAGCUUCAGCAGAUGUGGCAGCUGACAUCGCAAAGUACACCAGCAAAAUGAUGGACACGAUAAAAGGGACGAUGACAGAAAUCUACAACGACCUUUCCAAAAGCACUUCAGGAAACACGAUCGCAGAGAUCCGGCGGCUGAGGAUAGAGAUCGAAAAGCUUCAGUGGCUACAUCAGCAAGAGCUGUCGGAGAUGAAGCACAAUCUUGAGCUGACUAUGGCGGAGAUGAGGCAGAGUCUGGAGCAGGAGAGGGAGCGUCUGGUGGCGGAGGUGAAGAAGCAGAUAGAGGUGGAGAAACUGCAGGCGGUGGAUGAGACCAAGAAGAAGCAGUGGUGUGCCAACUGCAGGAAGGAGGCCAUCUUCUACUGCUGCUGGAACACCAGCUACUGUGACUACCCCUGCCAGCAAGCCCACUGGCCAGAACACAUGAAGUCCUGCACACAGUCAGCAACAGCUUCUCAGCAGGAACCAGAGGUGGAGUCAACCUCUGACCCCUCAGCCAAACCACCAGGUCACUCCUCCAGCGACCAGCCCCCCUCUGGUACAGCAUCUGCCCCCACAGACAAAGGCCCCUCUCCUACCUGCAGCGUGGACAAGUGCAAGGACAAUGCCUGUGUUACUGUGCCCUAACCACUACACUGCACUCACACAUUUUUACUCUACAAUCCUACAUUCUGUUAAAUGUAUGUAUCUGUCGGAAUGGGACUAGAGGAUAUGUACAAUAGACCAAGCCUCUCUGCGACCAACUAAUCUGGGAAUGUCGAGCGAAUCUCAGUAUGACCACAGAGGCAUUAAAACCACCAGACACCCUCACCCUCUCCUAGUCAGGCUCAGGGCUUUUAAAUGCCAUGUACACUCCUUGCAUGAAGGCCUGCUCCUCUGUGAUUCAGCUGACUCGUCCCCUGUCUCUCGUUUUGUUCAAUGUCUGCUUCGUGAUCCGAUGUUUCAAGCCAUCCUUCAUCAUCCUCAGAAAGUCUAUGCGCUAGACUGGAGGAUUCACUUACAUUGGCUUGCGAAAGUAUUCACCCCCCUUUUUAUAAUAUUUUCCUAUUUUGUUGCCUUACAACCAGGAAUUA